GUUCAUUACAAUGAUUCACGGACAUAAAGUAUCAAAAUGGCAGUCUGUCAUCAAGAAAACUAAGUAGGAAACGUAAUUAUUUUUGUUGUUCUUGUAUCUUCAAUCUAUCUAUCAACACGGAUUAUCUUAGCUAACCAGAUACAUUAUUUAUAAUAAGAAAUGUAAUGGAAAAUUUUGAUAAAGAUGUUUUGGAAGAUAGUGAAGAAGAUAUAGUGACAGAUUACUCCCAAAAUAACAUCAUCACAAAUUCAAAUUGUACUGAUACAACAGAUUUUAUGUACAGAACCAUGCCAAGCAGUACAUUAGUUCCUACAAUCAGUGUGACACCUCACUCAUCAGCUGGAAGAAAUUAUCUUGUACUUGAAGAUAAUAUACAACAACUACAUGAUAUUCAUGAAGCAAUUCAACAAAUGCGUGAUUCUGCUACGUUGGGAUUAUCUCAUAUGAUUAAUUUCUGUGGUUUUAAUGGUGUGUUAAGUUCUUCUUGUCCAUCAUUAAGUAAACCCAAAUGUCAACCUGAUGACUCUUUCAAUCUCAAUUCAUCACCUACGCAUGCUGACUUAUCUUCUGUUUUUGAUACAAAGUGUAAAUGCAAGCUAAGUUCUAAUAAUAAAAGAAAAUCUAUAGAUUGGUAUAACAUGGUUUCAAACUGCGUUGAUACUAAAGAAAAUGAAAUAAUAAGAAGGAGAAGUUGGGCAGCCUUAGAUGAUUUGACAAAAAAUCACUGCUUACAAAUUCUAAAACAAGAUAAAAGUGCAAGCCUAAGCAGUAUGGAUUCAGAAGCUGAAGACCCAUUUGUAGACAGUACUAUAAAUCUAUUAAAAUCCAAAAAUUAUGAUCAAAAAUCAAGAAAAAAUGUUGGUUUUAUUAGUCGAAGAUUCAGUGGAAACUCUUCUUCCCAUUCAUUAAAUGAAUCUGACUAUCAGAACGAAUUUAAUAAAAUCAUAGCAAAAAGAGUAGGAGAAACUUAUUUAUUACAAGCGAGAUCACCAUUACAAAAAUCUAUAUCCACACCUUCUAUAAUGGGUAUUCAUGAUAUAAUAAAUAAAGAAAAUGUUUUAAAUAAUGAUGUGAAUAAAAUUCCAACUAAUUACAAAACUCCAAAUCACCAAAGAUGUCGUCCUAGUGGCACAGAAGAUAGUGAGACUGAAGAAGAAACUUUGGAUGUAGAUAGCUCAAUGAAACGUUGUUAUGUCACUCCUUCAACUAAUAGCACAAAUAUGCCUUUAUACAAUUUGUUUUCUGAUACAUCUGAAGACCAAAAUGCUAAACGAAGGAAAAGAGGAAGCCUUUUUUUUAGAAAGAAAAAAGAUAAAUCUAAAAAAGUUCUUCAUUCUUGGAUAUCACCACCUUACAGUAAUUUUGAUCAAUCAUGUGGAUGGUGUGCAAAACCAUUGGAAAAUAAACCAGCUCUUUCGUGUGAAAGCUGUUUAGUCACAGUACAUCAAAAUUCAUGUAAAGAUCAAGUUUCUGAAUGUGUAAAACAAAAGUAUGGAAAGAGCAAUUUAAGAUUUUCUUCUGCUUCAUUUCAACAAAGAUUUUAUGGAAAGAGACAAAGUAGUAUAAAUCAGUUUACUUCACCUAACAGUCAUUCAGAAGAAAAAGAUGAUAUACAUUAUAACCAAGAUGGUGUAACGUUUUCAGAUGAAGUGUCAUUAGUUCAAUUUGAAUUUUUAAAUGAAAGUCAUAUUACUGCACAUGAUUUAAAUGCAGAUCCUGCAUUAGGACUUCAUGAAGAACAGCCAGAUUCAUGGACUCCAACUGUUACCAAAGAAGUAGUUAAAAAGUUAAAAGACAAAGAAAUAAAACGACAAGAACAUAUUUAUGAAUUUGUGUUAACUGAAAAACAUCACUGUCUUACUUUAAAAGUUAUGCAAAAAGUAUUUGCUGAUGGUUUGCAAAAACAUUUUCAGUUGGGUGAUAAAGUAUAUCGUAUGUUUCCACGGUUAGCUGAACUUACUGAAAUACAUUUAGGCUUUUUAAAAAAUCUUAAAGAAAAACAGCGAAAAGCAGCCCUUGAAAAUGGUGGUGUAGUAGAUUCUAUAGCAGAUUUAUUAUUAGAUCAGUUUUCAAGCAUUAAUGCUCAACGCUUAAAAAGUGCUUACGGAGAGUUUUGUUCCAGGCACAGAGAUGCUUUAGAUGUCUAUAAAAUGUUGGAAAAAGAUCCUGGAUUUUUUAAUUUUAUAAAACAUUGCCAGGCUAAUCCAUUGUUAAAGAAAAAGGGUAUUCCUGAAUGUGUAUUGUUUGUUACUCAAAGACUUACUAAAUAUCCUUUACUUAUUGAACCACUUAUUAAAACUUCUAAAGAAAAUAAGGUAGAAUGUGAAAAAUUAUCAAGAGCUUUAGCUUUAGUCAAGGAUAUAUUAGUAGAAGUUGAUUCUCAAGUAGCUGAAAAAGAAAAAGAAGAUAGGAAAUUAGAAAUAUAUAAUAGGUUGGAAGCAAAAUCAUUUACCAAUUUUAGAGGAAGAAAGUUUAAAAAAUCUGAUUUGUUAUCUGAGAAUCGAAGAUUAAGGUUUGAAGGUACAGCUUGGCUUAUGCAACGACAUUCUAAAAUGCAAAUGGUAAUGGUUAAUGUUAUAGUGAUGACAGAUGUGUUAUUUUUCAUAUUAGAAAAUAAUCAUAAAUAUACUUUCUUCAUGCCAGAAAGCAACAAAGAAAAAGAAACUAAGGUAAUGAAACCAGUAGCAGGUGUUGUAUCUUUACAGAAGCUUCUUGUUAGAGAAAAAGCUGGAACAGAUACCAAAGGUAUUUAUUUAAUAUCUUCUAACCCAGCAGAACCAGAAAUGUUUGAGCUAAAAGUACACAAGCCUAAAGACAAACAAGUAUGGAUAAAUUCUAUUAGAUCAGCUGUUCAGGAAUGCCCCGAAGAAGAAGAUGAUGGUUAUGUUACUCUUAGUUUUGAAGAGCGCCAACGUCAAUUGGAAACUAAAAAAAAUAAUAUCAGAGAAAUUGUUGAAGUGCUUAAACAAAAAGAUUUAGAACAAGCUUUAAUAUUUGAAGAAAUAAUGGGUUUGAAAUUGAAAUUAUUAGCUUCUGCUGGUGUAGAUAAUUUGCCUAUUGAGACACCUUCUUAUAGUCAUUUAGUUACUGAACAUCAAGACACUGAAAAAAUUCGUAAAGAAGUUAUGAAUGCAUUGCAGAAAGUAAAUCAGUUGACUAGUUCUUUAUAUGCUUCUGGUACACAUUUAUCCCGUAGUGCAAGUUCAGUAGGUGAACAUCAUAGUGUGACAUAUGUAUCGCCUACUUUGCCAAAGAGAGCUGAAACAUUUGGUGGAUUUGAUAAUUCAGUUUCAUCGCCUAAAAUGCUUCAUAAUUUAGAUGUCUUGAGGAAAUUAUCAAAAGUUAUUGAUGGCAAUGAAAAUGGUGUGGAGUCCAGUAAUUCUAGUCCAAUUGGCACUCCUAGUUCUACUCGUAAAGAAAAUAAAAUGAAAGAUAGUAAUUUAUUUUGGAAAGAAAAUUGUAGUACAAGUUCAUCACAUAGUGUCACAACUAUACAAUCAUCUGGAGAAAUUCCAACAAUAUUAGCACUUGGAAAUGAACAACAAGCCAUAGUAAUGGAACUAACACACUAUAUUUGUACAUUAUCAACCAUCACUUUACAACAAUUAACUAAUGUUGACAGCUUACAAGCAGAAUUAGCUCUUUACAAAUCACAGCACAUACUCGAAGAAACAACUUUAAGUAAUUCUAAUGUGGGCUCUAAUAACUGGUCCUCAAAAGACAAAAAACCUGUUUAUCGACACAAUCAACAAUUGGAAGAACUUCGUAACUUGCAAGAUAAACUAACUCAAGAAAAAGAAAUUUGGAUUAGGGAAAGGGAUCUUGAAUUGAAAGAAUUAGAAGAAAAAAGAGAACAAUUACAAAGAUUACAAGAACUUGUACGAUCAGAACAAACUGAUGUAACACAACAAAGGGAACAACUGUAUCUAAAAUUACAAACUUUAACAAAUCAAGGUAUAAUAGUAUCACCAAAUAUGCAACCACCCCCUGUCUCACCAAAUCAGCAGACUUCAAAUCAGUCAAGUACUGAUGGUACUGGUCAUCCAUUGUCUCACUCUGAAUCUGUACGCAGUAAGAAACGAUCUGAUUCUGUGAAAUGGAAACAGCAUACACCUCCUUCUUCUACUUCAUCAUCUACUCUGCCUAUUAACUUAAUUAGUGCAACAAAUCAACAAAAAGUGGCAUCUAAAGUUCAAAUAAAACAAAAACUUCCCUUUAAAUUAGCAAACAAAUUAAGUAAUAAUCCCAAUAAUAGUUUGAGUGAACAUACAGUUUCUAGUGCACCAAAUGUCACUUCGUCUACCCAAUCAUCAUAUUCUAUUCAACAAUUAUUGCCUUUGAAAUUACGGGAAAGUGCUAAAAACCCUGCAAACCUCAUCCAGGGCAAUUCAACUGAAAUAUUGUCACCAAGUCCCCAAGGACCCAGUCAUUCACGGACAGGAUCUAGUCCAGCAAUGAUGCAAACUGCUCAAAUAAUUGAAGGUAAACAGUCUGGAAAUAAAGCUGGUAGAACAAAUACUUACCCUAAAUUACCAGACAAGUUUCGGAUCCGAAGUCCAGAUUCAAAACAUUCUAAAACAUUACCACCCAGUAAUAGCACUAACAAUACAACUAACACAUCGACAGAAGAAGAAGUAUUAUACUUCUGACCAUAAUCUUCUUUCAAAAAUUACUUUAAAUCUUCAAUAAUGAUUAUUGGAUCUCUUUGUUUAAAUCAAAUAAGAAAAAAAUUAUGGACAUAUUUAGACAAUAAUUAUUGCUAUUAAAUUGGACCUUGAAUUUCAUUCCAAAAUUACUUUAACCAGUUAAAUUUUAAGCAACCAGCUUAAAAAUGUUUAGAUUUCCGAAUGUAAUAAAUUUAAUCCAUGAUAAUAUGUUAUUAAAUAUGGUUUAUUAUUACUUUUUUUAAAUUAAUAUUUGUUAUUAUCAUCAGCGUAUGAUUGUUAAAAAGUCAUUCCUACUACAUACAUUGUUUUUAUCUAAAAUGUUUAUUUUUCUUUUUUAUCACUAUUUUGUUUUUGAAAAAUUAUUUAUUUGAAAUCUUUGGUAUAUGUAUCGAAGUUCUUUGAUUUAGUGUUAAGGCUAGUGGAAACGUCGAGCUUUAAAAUGUGCUAUUUAUUUAUUUUUAUACACUCAUUUUAUGUUAAUAUAUUAUUAUUAUAUUUGGCUAAUUCUUCAAUAAAAUUGGAGAAACCUUAGCAAUAACUUGAUAACUUUUGAGACUUCAUAUUUCGCCUCUAUGUUUCUAAACAUAACUUGGGCUGUGAUAUACCGUUAAUUAUA